AUGGCUAUCAAGAGCUUGGAGAGUCAAUUGGGACAGCUAGCAAAGCAAAUGUCCGAGAAUCACCAAUGUAAGUUCUCUUCCGAACCUUUAACUUUGACUGAGCAAGAAAAUACUGCUGUUGUUUCCACUAGGAGUGGAAGAGUGUUACAUGGGCCAGAGGAGAAAGUUGAGGGAGAGAAAAGUGAGGAAGCUGAGGUAGAAAGAGAUGAGGGUGUUAUGGAGGAAAAAGCUAGAGGGCCCACUAGGACUAGAGUUGUAACCACUGGUGAGGCUGAGAUUAAGGUGGCUAAGGGAACUCUAACUUUGAAAGUAGGUGAAGACGAGGUCCUCUUCAAUAUUUUUGACUCUUUGAAACACCGAGCGGAUGAGGAAGUUUUCCGAUGUGAAGUAGUGGAUGAGCUCGUGUGUGAAGAGUUUGUUAGGAUAUCUAUUAAGGACCCCUUGGAAACAACAAUCAUGGAGGGGUUAGAGAUAGAGGACCAAAAUCUUGAGAGAGAACUUGAUUCUUUGUACCAUGAGGUUAAAGCUACUCUAUCUCAAUUAGAAUCUGUCUCAUCUCUUGCCACCAAAAGCAUUUGGAAAGAAGAGUUAACUAGGGAUGAGGAGAUUCCAAUUGAGGAGAAGAGUGAGCUCAAGCCACUCCCUUCCUCUCUCAAGUAUGCUUAUCUUGAGGAAGGUGAGAAUAAACCUGUUAUUUUGAAUAGUGCUCUCACUCCCUUGGAAGAGGAGAAACUCCUCAGAGUGUUGAGGGAUCACAAGUCAGCUUUGGGUUGGACUAUUGAUGAUAUCAAAGGCAUUAGCCCUGCGAUAUGCAUGCAUAAAAUUUUGUUGGAAGAAAAUUACAAACCUAUAGUCCAACCUCAAAGAAGACUUAACCCUUCCAUGAAGGAUGUGGUGAGGAAAGAGAUAAUCAAAUUGCUUGAUGCAGGUUUGAUUUAUCCAAUUUCGGAUAGUGAAUGGGUAAGUCCCGUUCAAGUGGUUCCCAAGAAAGGAGGCAUCACUAUGGUUGCCAAUGAGAACAAUGAGUUGAUUCCUACUCGUCAGGUGACGAAGUGGAGGGUUUGCAUUGACUAUCGAAGACUGAAUUCGACGGCAUUCACUUGCCCUUACGGCGUGUUUGCUUAUAAGAGAAUGCCAUUUGGGCUUUGCAAUGCCCCAGCUACUUUCCAAAGGUGUAUGUUUGCUAUUUUCUCUGAUUUGAUAGAGACUUGCAUCGAAAUUUUUAUGGACGACUUCUCUGUUUUUGGUCCAAAUUUUGAUGCUUGUCUAGGGAAUUUAGCCUUGGUUCUGAAAAGAUGUCAAGAGACCAACUUGGUCUUGAAUUGGGAGAAAUGCCAUUUCAUGGUUAGGGAUGGCAUAGUUCUUGGACACAAGGUUUUCCUCGGGCAUGCUGGAUUUUAUAGGCGGUUUAUUAAAGACUUUUCCAAAUUAGCUAAGCCUAUGACCAACUUGCUUGAGAAGGAAGCACCUUUUACUUUUGAUGAGAAUUGUUUGAAAGCUUUUGAGUUGAUUAAAGAGAGUUUGGUGACAGCCCCGGUAAUUGUUGCUCCGGAUUGGUCUCUACCAUUCGAGAUCAUGUGUGAUGCUAGUGAUCUAGCUUUAGGGGUUGUCUUGUGUCAAAAGAAAGAGAGAGUGUUGUAUGCGAUAUAUUAUGCAAGUAGAGUGUUAAAUGAGGCCCAAAGGAACUACACUACAACUGAAAAAGAAUUGUUGGGUGUAGUCUUUGCGUGCGAAAAGUUUAGGCCUUACAUCUUGGGUUUUAAAGUGAUUGUUCAUACUGACCAUGCUGCUUUGAGGCAUUUGUUUGCUAAACAGGACUCUAAGCCAAGGUUGAUUCGAUGGGUCUUACUCCUUCAAGAGUUUGACCUUGAAAUCAUUGACCGGAGAGGCAAGGACAAUGGCGUGGCAGACCAUUUGUCAAGAUUGGAAGGUGGAGCGUGCAGCCCAAUACCUAUUCAAGAGGAGUUUCCGGAUGAGAAACUCCUAGCUGUUUCCACCGAGGAACCCUUACCCUGGUAUGUACACUUUGCUAAUUUCCGUGUUGCUGGACUUAUUCCCCAUGACUUGACAUGGCAGCAAAAGAAAAAAUUUAUGCAUGAUUUGUUUGAUGUUUGGGGCAUCGAUUUCAUGGGACCUUUCCCACCUUCUUUUGGUUGCCAGUAUAUUUUAGUGGCUGUGGAUUAUGUUUCCAAGUGGGUUGAAGCCGCUGCACUCUCAACAAACGACUCUAAGGUGGUGGUUGCUUUUCUAAAAAAGAAUAUUUUUACUAGGUUUGGUGUACCUAGGGCAAUUAUAAGUGAUGGGGGUACCCACUUUUGCAAUAGAGCUUUCGAGUCUCUCUUGGAAAAAUAUGGUGUUAAGCACAAAGUGUCUACCCCCUAUCACCCCCAAACUAGUGGGCAAGUUGAGAUUUCUAAUCGGGAGUUGAAACGUAUUCUUGAAAAGGUGGUAGAUUCUUCCAGAAAGGAUUGGUCAAGGAAACUUGACGAUGCUUUAUGGGCCUACCGAACCGCUUUUAAAACUCCGAUUGGUACCUCUCCUUUCCAUUUAGUUUUUGGGAAAGCGUGUCACUUACCUGUGGAAUUAGAACACAAGGCCUAUUGGGCCAUAAGGAAAUUGAACUUUGAUUGGAAAGUUGCUAGCGAGAAGAGACUCUUGCAAUUGAAUGAGCUUGAUGAGUUUCGACUCCGAGCUUACGAGAGUGCUAGCAUCUAUAAGGAAAAGACGAAGAAGUGGCAUGAUAGGAAAAUUUUGAAUAGGGAAUUUGUCUCAGGGCAAUUGGUGCUGCUCUUCAAUUCUAGAUUGAGACUCUUCCCUGGGAAACUUAAGUCUAGAUGGUCUGGACCCUUUGUGGUCAGGAGGGUGUUCCCUCAUGGUGCUGUUGAGGUUGAAAACCCAGAGACCAAGAACACUUUCACCGUGAAUGGAUAG